AUGGAGAAAUUUCACAACCUCUCCCCACUUGGACUUGCGUUGCUAUGUUUUCUUUCAGCUUCCUUCGCCAUGCUCCCGACCAAUAUUACCACAGAUCAGUCAUCUCUUCUUGCCUUGAGAGCGCACAUUUCAGUUGACCCUCUACAAAUCUUGGCCAAAAACUGGUCUGUUGGCUCUUCGGUCUGCGAUUGGAUUGGAGUCUCUUGUGGCUCUCGUCAUCGUAGAGUGACUGCCUUGGACAUUUCAAACAUGGGCCUUAGAGGCAUCAUCCCUCCACAACUGGGAAAUCUAUCAUUUCUUGUUUCUCUUGACAUGAGUGCGAACAACUUCCAUGGAGAGAUGCCGCAUGAGUUUGUUGGAUUGCGCCGAUUAAAACUCCUUAAUUUGAGUGUCAACAAUCUCGAAGGAGAGUUACCCUGGUGGAUUGGUUCAUUUCCUCAACUUCUUCGCUUGUCUCUCAGUAACAAUAGUUUCACUGGUCUUAUCCCUUCUUCCAUCUCUAACUUGUCAAAGCUAGAGGAGCUAAGUCUUUCGUACAACCAUCUGCAAGGAAACAUUCCCACGGGGAUUUUCAAUAUUUCCUCCCUGCAAAUCAUUGCACUUAAGCAUAACGGCCUAUCGGGAGUUCUUCCAAGUGACAUGUGUUACCAUCUUCCUGGACUGAGUUUCCUUUCCCUAUCAAGGAACAAGUUAUAUGGUCAAUUACCAUCAAGUAAUUUAGCUCAAUGUUCAGAACUUCGGGUGCUGUCUUUGUCUUUCAACGAAUUUGGAGGUUCCAUACCAAAAGAAAUUGGAGCACCGAAGAAGCUUGAGGAGCUAUACUUGGCUUCCAACCAUUUAGAAGGCCAAAUUCCAAAAGAGAUUGGUAAUUCAACUAUGAUUAAAAUACAAAGUUUUGGACACAACAACUUAACAGGUGUAAUACCACGAGAGAUUGGUAACUGGCACUUUCUCCAACAACUCGACAUGGGAUUCAAUAGCUUAACUGGUUCCAUACCAGUAGAGAUCUUCAACCUCUCAAAGUUGAGUGUUAUGGCACUUACACAAAAUCAACUUUCAGGCAAUCUUCCAUCAACAUUCGGUUAUAGGCUUCCCAAUCUAGAAGAGCUUUAUCUCGACGUUAAUUACUUUUCUGGAGCAUUACCUAGUUCACUCUCAAAUUCUUCUAAUCUCCGUCUCAUAGAAAUUGGUGAUAACAAAUUCACGGGUCCAAUUCCCACUUCCAUGGGAGACCUGAGGUUCCUUGAAUGGCUGGAUCUACUUGGCAACAAAUUAACGGGUGACUCCACAUCUCCAAAGUUGAGCUUCAUCACUUCAUUGGCAAAAUGCAAAUAUUUGGCAGCAUUUUUUUUGGAUGGCAAUCCAUUGAAUGGGAUCAUUCCGGACUCACUCAGUAAUCUUUCAACUUCCCUUGAACAACUAACUGCACAGAAUUGCAAAAUAAAGGGCAGCAUUCCUGAUGGAAUUGGAAACUUGAGAAGUUUGAUCCUAUUAGAUCUAUCAAACAAUGACUUAACUGGGUCGUUGCCAGCUACAAUAAAAGAUUUGCAAAAGCUUCAAGGAAUGGAUCUCAGUAUGAACAAACUAAUUAGCAGAGUCCCCCUGCAUUUUCUUUGUGCUCUCCACAACUUGGAAACAAUGUACCUUGGACAAAAUCAAAUUAUGGCCUCAAUUCCAAAGUGCUUCGGAAAUCUUACUUCCCUGAGGCAUCUCAACCUAAGUCACAACAAACUAUAUUCUGCUCCACCUGAGGAAAUAUGGAACCUAAAAGAUCUCUUAAUGCUUGACCUCUCCUCAAAUCUGCUGAGUGGAUCUUUGCCGUAUGCUAUUACGAAUGUGAAGAUGGCAAAUUGGGUUGAUUUGUCAACCAAUCAGUUCUCAGGUGGCAUUCCUAACUCAAUUGGAGAUAUGCAGAACCUGCAAAAUCUUUCUUUAGCACACAACAGAUUGGAAGGAUCAAUCCCAGAAUCAAUUGGUAAGGUGUUCAGCUUGGAGUCAUUGGAUCUAUCACAUAACUUUCUCUCUGGAUCAAUUCCAAUGUCAAUGGAGAACCUUCGGUAUCUUAGACAUUUCAAUGUCUCUUUUAACAAUUUAAGUGGUGAAAUUCCAUCCAAAGGGCCAUUUAUCAACUUCACUGCCGAAUCCUUCGCUUCAAAUCAAGCCCUCUGUGGAGCUCAAAGGUUUCUUGUGCCUCCAUGCCCAACUAUUUCAGCUCACAAAUUGAGAACAAAAAAGCUGCAUCGAACAAUUGUUAUUCUACUGGGGGUGAUAAUAGCAGCGGGAGUCUUGUCUUUUGGAUUUGUUUACCUGAGAUAUCGAAAGAAAGAUACACUUUCCAGUGGAGCCAAUUUAUCCUUAGUUGCAAUGCCAGAAAGAAUUUCAUAUUUUGAACUUCUACAAGCAACUAAUGGGUACAAUGAAAGCCAUUUGUUGGGGGCUGGAAGCUUUGGAUCUGUUUAUAGGGGCACUCUUGUUGACGGAAGGGCUGUGGCUGUUAAGGUGUUUAAUUCACAAAUGGAAGGAGCGUUCAAGAGUUUUGAUGUAGAAUGUGAAGUGUUGCGCAAUCUUCGCCAUCAAAACCUCACAAAAGUCAUCAGUAGUUGCUCUACCCCUGAGUUUAAGGCAUUAGUGCUUGAGUUCAUGGCUAAAGGAAGCCUCGAGAAGUGGUUGUAUUCGUACAACUAUUUUCUGGAUUUGAUGCAGAGAUUGGACAUAUUGAUUGAUGUGGCAUGUGCAUUGCAAUAUCUCCACUAUGAGUAUGCAACUCCGGUAAUUCAUUGUGAUCUGAAGCCAAGUAAUGUGCUGCUAGAUCAAGACAUGGUUGCCCAUCUAAGUGAUUUUGGCCUUACAAAGUUGGUGGGCGAGGAAAACAGCAUCACAUACACUGAAACACUCGCCACACUUGGCUAUCUCGCACCAGAGUAUGGGUUGGAAGGAUUGGUAUCAGCAAAAUGCGACAUCUACAGUUUUGGAAUCAUGAUAAUGGAAGUCUUCACGAGAACAAAUCCCAACAGUGAAAUGUUUGGUGAAAAAUUGAGCCUGAAGAGCUGGGUGGCUAAUUCAAUACCUGAUGGAUUAGCUCUUGUGAUAGAUGCUAAUUUGCUAAAGGAAAAUGAUGAAUGCAUUGGUGAAAAGCUAAGCUGCAUAGCCUCAAUCAUGAAAGUGGCUUUGGGCUGCACGAUGGAGUCCCCGAGAGAGAGAAGCAGUAUACAAGAUGUUCUCGUUGCGCUGAAAAAGAUCAAGCUUCAGUACAUGAGUUCCUUGUGUUCAGGGACUUAACGGUGCAUGCAUGUUCUCUAAGCAGGAUUGCAACCUUCUUCUUGAUUGUCUCUAAGCAGGGACUUAACGGUGUUGUACUGGCAGGGCCAUUUCUUUUUCCAAAUUUUGAAACAUUUAAAUGCCCAGUUUUGGGU